ACUAGUCUUUUCUUCUUCUUCUUCGUCUCCGUGUACUUUUCUUCUACUUCAUUAAAUUUUUUCUCAAUUAUUUUCACUUUCACUGAAAUCUAAGCGAACGAAAGUACUUGGAAUAUCUCUAUCCAUCUCACUCACUCACUCAUUCUCUCUCACUUGAAAUACAAUUUUCUAUAAUUACUUUGAUCUUAUCUUAAAAAGCAAUCUAUCAUUUUCUUCAUCUAAUUUAGUAAACUAAAAUUUUAUCUUCCCCUUUUCCUUUUUUCUUUAGGUAUUCCACUUCCAUCCAGCUUCGGCUUCCCACUUAUUUUCGGAGAUUAUCGCCUUUUUUAUUCUUUAAAUCUUCUAAAGUUUGUUCUUUUCUACUAUAAUUAUCUAAAAAUAAAUCUGGGUUUUUCCUUAUUUUGAUCCAACUCUUAUUAUUUUCCAGCUACAUUAGUCCUACACAAAGAUUUAGGUUUUUCCGUCCUAGAUUCAUCGAAAUCCUCAUCUUUUCCAGUCUGGGUUUUCUUUAAUUCGAUCUCUAAGUUGAUUAUUCUUGCUUUAAAAUCGUGGGUUCUAAUUAGUUUUACUUGAUCUUGAAGUAUUAGUCUUUAGAUCUCAAUUUCAGUGAUUCCAGUUUAAAGAUCCUUCAAAUUUCAGUAAAUCUAGGUUCAAAUUUUGGGCUGUUUUUUCUCCAUUGAUUCUUUCAAAUGUGUGAGCUUUGAUUUCUGUACUGGUAAGAAGAAUGGCUGAUCAACGCAAGAAGGCACCAGGAGAUGUAGAUUUCUUCACUGAAUAUGGUGAAGGGAAUAGAUACAAAGUAGAAGAAGUAAUUGGUAAAGGAAGUUAUGGUGUUGUUGCCUCUGCAUAUGAUACACACACUGGAGAGAAAGUUGCAAUUAAAAAGAUCAAUGAUAUCUUUGAGCAUGUGUCAGAUGCGACGCGUAUUCUUCGUGAGAUUAAACUUCUUAGAAUUCUUCGGCAUCCUGACAUUGUCGAAAUCAAGCACAUCUUGUUGCCACCUUCGCGAAGGGAGUUUAAGGACAUUUAUGUUGUUUUUGAACUUAUGGAAUCUGAUUUGCAUCAAGUUAUUAAAGCGAAUGAUGAUUUGACACCAGAGCAUUAUCAGUUCUUUUUGUAUCAACUUCUUCGUGGCAUGAAGUACAUACAUACAGCAAAUGUUUUCCACCGCGACUUGAAACCAAAAAAUAUAUUAGCUAAUGCUGAUUGCAAACUCAAGAUAUGUGACUUUGGGCUCGCUAGGGUAGCCUUCAAUGAUGCUCCCACGGCAAUAUUUUGGACAGAUUAUGUUGCGACUAGAUGGUACAGGGCUCCUGAAUUAUGUGGAUCUUUUUUCUCUAAGUACACACCAGCAAUAGAUAUAUGGAGCAUAGGCUGCAUCUUUGCAGAGAUUCUAACUGGUAAACCUCUAUUUCCCGGAAAGAAUGUGGUCCACCAACUGGAUCUGAUGACUGAUCUCCUAGGAACACCUUCAGGUGAUGCCAUUGCAAGGGUUCGCAAUGAAAAAGCCCGCCGGUAUCUAAGCAGCAUGCGGAGGAAAAAACCAAUACCUUUCUCCCAUAAAUUUCCAAAUGCAGAUCCCUUAGCACUUCGUUUGUUAGAAAAGAUGCUAGCAUUUGAACCAAAGGAUCGACCUAAUGCCGAAGAGGCUUUGGCAGAUCCUUAUUUUAGAGGCUUGGCUAAAGUUGAAAGAGAGCCUUCUGCUCAGCCAGUUACAAAAAUGGAGUUUGAAUUUGAGAGGAGGAGGAUAACAAAAGAAGAUGUGAGAGAGCUUAUUUAUAGAGAAAUUCUCGAGUACCAUCCGAACAUGUUGAAAGAGUUUUUAGAGGGAACAGAAGGCAUGGGCUUCAUGUAUCCAAGUGCCGUUGACCAAUUUAAGAAGCAGUUUGCUUAUAUGGAAGAGCAUUACGGGAACGGUUCAAAAGGUCCUCCUCCUGAGAGACAACAUACAUCUUUGCCUAGAGCGAGUGUCAUAUACUCAGAUAAUACAAUACAGCAUCCUCCCGAGGUCACCGAAGAUUUCUCCAAGUGUUGCAUAAAAGAAGUAGAGAAACCCCAACUUGACAGCAGAAGUUAUGGGAUCUCUAUGACAGGGGGUCCUCUCCAAGUUCCGCAAAGAGUCCAAGGUGGUGCUGCAAAGCCAGGAAAAGUUGUCGGCUCAGUACUGCGAUACAACAACUGUGGAACUGCAGCAGCAGAAGUUCUGCAACAAAGAAGAAUGGUCUCAGAUCCUAGUUAUCCACCUCAUUAUGCAAUUCCUGGCUGUUCAUAUCCUACUAGACGAACCCCGACCUGUAAGAAUGAGAGGAGACCAUGAGGGACAGGAAGACCUAACCACGUACAAGUGAAACCACCAUAGGUUGGAGGAAAGUGUCUGCAGGGUAAGAUGAACCUGGUGGUGUCCACUACGCUGAACUCAGCGUAAGAGCUACAUAGGUACCCAUCCAUCAGUUGCCUCUACUUGUGCUAAUCACUUCUUUUCUUGUAAAAUUUUUUUUUGCCCCAUUUUUUUUCUGUAAGAAGCACCCAUUGAACAUUAGUUUCCUCCAUGGGGUUGAGGAAUUAUAUUCACAGGUCCGAAGAUUUAUACAAAUAGUUUGUAUCUGAAAUCUCCAUAAAUGGAGAUUUGUAUCAAUAGGGUGUAAGGAAAAGUGGUGUACCAAAA